AUGAGAUCCGUUGAAGAUGAAGGCUGGUAUAGCCUUGGACCGGCUAGUGAAAUUUCAAGCAGCUAUGGCGGUGGUGCCAUAAGUUUCGAGUUUCAUAAAGCUUCUCAGUCUCAUCAUCGAACCGUCUUGGGGAAGCCGACGACACCUUCGAAGUGGGACGAUGCGCAGAAAUGGCUGGUGGGGUUGUCCAGGAGUCGAGACAAGAAGGUACAACCCAAAGCCAAGCCUCGAGACUCAAACGCCGAUGAUAGAAGACUGAUAGCGCCUUGCCUACAAAAGGAACAAGAUGAAAAGAUGUCGCCCGAGUUCGAAGGCGAAAAGAAGACGGUUGAUUUCGACGGGCUUGUUUGGCGAAUAGUAGACAACCCGGGGGAGAACUCGGUGUCGGGUGUUCGAUCGAUAUGUGUGAGAGAUAUGGGGACCGAGAUGACUCCAAUUGCAAGCCAAGAACCGUCGAGAACCACAACGCCCUUACGAGCCACCACUCCUGCUGGAAGGAGUCCUAUUUCUUCAGGAUCUUCGACCCCACUGAGAUGCAAACAUGGAGGACCACCAUUAGCCGAGGGGAGAGGUGAAACUGAUGCUGCUGUUAAAGGAAAUGGCUCGGAUAGGCUCGAGGGACAAGAAUCGGGUCAGGCUAGUAAGCAGCGUAGUUUGGAAAGUCGAGCCAUGGCUUGGGAUGAAGCCGAACGUGCUAAAUAUAUGGCAAGGUAUAAGCGUGAAGAAGUGAAGAUACAGGCAUGGGAAAAUCAUGAAAAGAGGAAAGCUGAAUUGGAAAUGAAGAAAAUAGAGGCGAAAGCCGAGAGACUGAAAGCUCGGGCAAAAGAAAGGUGCGCAAACAAAAUUGCAGCCUCAAGGAGAAUAGCCGAAGAGAAACGUGCAAAUGCAGAAUCAAAGCUAAACGAGAAAGCUAUAAGGACUUCACAAAGGGCGGAUUUUAUAAGGAGAACUGGUCAUUUUCCUUCUUCAUUCUCCUUCAAGUUGCCUUCCCUUUGCUGGUAGUAACUCUGCAGAGUCCCAAAGUUCAAUGCCGAAACUGUCUUCAAUCCUUCUUCUUCCAACAUACAUUAUGUAUGUAUGUAUGUAUGGUGUACUUUUAGAUUAUAUGG